AUGAAGAACACACAAACUAAACAAGAUCAAGAACAAGAACAAGCCUUAAUGAUUCCACCCAAAAAAGGAAGACACGCAUGUAUAACUUGCUUUUGCAUAGUCUUGUUACUGUUAUUAAUUCUAGUAACAGCUUCUGUUGUUCUUGCCUUAACACUUUUCAAGCCUAAACAACCAAAAACAACGAUUUCUUCAGCUACUCUACAAUCCAUAUCACCUCGCGUAACGCUUCCUGUUAUUGACAUACAAAUCAACGUUACUCUCGACAUAAAGAUCCAAGUCGAGAAUCGAAACCGUGUGAGCUUUAAACACGGAGAUGGAACUAGUCUUUUGAUGUAUAAAGGUGUUGAAGUUGGAGAUACUGAUAUUUUUCCUGGUUUGAUUCCUGCAAGAAGUUCUACGAUUCUUCCUUGUAGGCUUGUCCUUCAAGCUGAUAAGUUGGCUUCCAAUUUGACAGGUUUUAUAGGGGAUUUAACGGGUGGUCAACUUUCCUUGCAAACGGUUACUAGGAUUCCUGGAAAAGUUACUUUUCUUGGGUUUAUCAAGAAACAUAUCGUGGCUGUCUCUAAUUGUCAAUUUGUUUUUGGUUUUCCUGAUAUGAAGAUCAAAAGCCAGAUAUGCAAGAAUAAAGCUAAGUUAUGA